UCUUGUUGCUGGUUGCAAAGGGCCCCCAUAACAGUUCAAGCUUCAGGGACCCCAAAAUGUAGGUCCGUCACUGAUACAGGGAGCUGUUUUAUCCUCCUCCCCAAACCCAACCCACUCUUUCGCUGGCCCGACACACACCUUUUCGUCACCUUCGCACUGAGGUAACUUCUGGCAACUUCUUCUGCCUUCCCUCAGUUGGGAAAAAGAAGAAGCAGUGAGCUGCUUUUGCCUCUGAUGAAGCUGCCUGUUGGUUGGGACUUUGGGACGAUUGGCUUAUUGAAGACUGCUGGUGCUUAUGCUAAGAAUAAAAGAAAAAAUGAGGAAGAAGAUGGUAUUUUUGGUUCCUCUGCCUUUCUUCCUUGGAACAGCUGAACAUCCUAUUGGUGGGGAGGAAAACCUGAUCUCUUCAGCAGUGCUGGAUGGAGACGUAGCAGUUAAAUCGAGCAAAGAGUCGAACUGUCAGAGGCGAGCGCAGCCCGAGAGCGCGGAGGGAUGGAGCCCGGCUUCCUGGAGGGAUGAAACUCCCGAGCGCCCCACCGGCUCCCUGAGCGCCCCGCUCGCUGCAAGCGAGGAUUUGCCAAGAGCGCGGCAGGAGCCCCUCCGUCCUGCGAGGGAGCGAGAAAGAGCCGGUUCGCGGAGCGCUCCAUUCUUCCCAGAUCCCUUGCUCAGAGAAUGCAGAAAAUGAGCAACAUCUAUGAAUCAGCGGCCAAUACUCUGGGGAUCUUUAGCAGCCCAUGUCUGACGAAGGUGGAACUGAGAGUCGCAUGCAAAAGCAUAUCAGACAGAGAUGCCCUCUCCAAGCCAGAUCCUUGUGUCAUCCUGAAAAUGCAGUCGCAUGGGCAGUGGUUUGAGGUCGACAGGACGGAAGUGAUCCGAACUUGCAUAAAUCCCAUCUUCUCAAAGCUUUUCACAGUGGACUUCUAUUUUGAAGAGGUUCAACGGCUGCGAUUUGAAGUCCAUGACAUCAGCAGCAACCACAAUGGGCUUAAGGAUGCAGACUUCCUUGGUGGCAUGGAAUGUACUCUUGGACAGAUUGUUUCACAGAGAAAACUCUCAAAAUCUUUAUUGAAACAUGGCAACACGGCAGGAAAAUCUUCCAUAACGGUGAUUGCUGAAGAAUUAUCUGGUAACGAUGACUAUGUUGAGCUUUCCUUCAGUGCACGGAAAUUGGAUGACAAGGAUUUCUUCAGCAAAUCCGAUCCAUUUCUGGAAAUUUUCCGGAUGAAUGAUGAUGCCACUCAGCAGCUUGUCCACAGGACUGAGGUGGUGAUGAAUAACUUAAAUCCAGCCUGGAAGUCAUUUAAGGUGUCUGUAAAUUCACUCUGCAGCGGAGAUCAGGAUCGUAGGCUGAAGUGCAUAGUUUGGGACUGGGAUUCCAAUGGCAAGCAUGACUUCAUUGGAGAAUUCAGUUCAACAUUCAAGGAGAUGCGAGGAGCCCUGGAAGGGAGACAGGUACAGUGGGAGUGCAUAAACCCCAAGUACAAAGUAAAGAAGAAGAAUUACAAGAACUCUGGCAUUGUCAUUCUCAAUCUCUGCAAGAUUCACAAGAUGCAUUCGUUCUUAGACUACAUCAUGGGUGGCUGCCAAAUACAGUUUACAGUAGCUAUAGAUUUUACAGCCUCAAACGGCGAUCCCCGGAACAGCUGUUCACUCCACUAUAUCCACCCCUAUCAGCCGAACGAAUACUUGAAGGCACUGGUAGCUGUUGGGGAGAUCUGCCAAGACUAUGACAGCGACAAAAUGUUCCCAGUCUACGGUUUUGGAGCCAGGAUACCUCCAGACUAUAAAGUCUCUCAUGAUUUUGCAAUCAACUUUAAUGAAGACAACCCAGAAUGUGCAGGGAUCCAAGGAGUGGUCGAAGCGUAUCAGAACUGCCUGCCUAAGCUCCAGCUCUAUGGGCCUACAAACAUUGCUCCCAUCAUUCAGAAGGUGGCUAAAUCAGCCUCAGAAGAAAGCAACAGUAAGGAGGCAUCGCAAUAUUUCAUCUUGCUGAUUCUGACGGAUGGCGUCAUCACAGACAUGGCCGAUACACGCGAAGCCAUUGUCCAUGCCUCCCAUCUCCCCAUGUCGGUCAUUAUAGUUGGAGUAGGAAAUGCUGAUUUCAGUGACAUGCAGAUGCUGGAUGGGGACGAUGGGAUCCUGAGAUCGCCCAAGGGAGAGCCUGUUCUUCGCGACAUCGUUCAGUUUGUGCCAUUCAGAAACUUCAAACAUGCCUCUCCAGCUGCGUUAGCAAAAAGUGUUUUGGCUGAAGUUCCAAACCAAGUGGUGGACUAUUACAAUGGGAAAGCGAUUAAACCAAAAUGUAUGUCAGAGUAUGAGUCUUCCAGGACAGUAGCUCCAUGACCUUCCCUGGACACUUUUACAGAGUUCAGAUAUGCUACUACUUACAGUUACUGUACUUAAAUGAAAAUAGCACGUUUUGGUGAUUUUUAACUCAAAUAAUUUUUUUUGCAUGUGUAGCCUAAAGGCUUGCCGGUAAAGGUUAAAGCAAUUGUAUUGUUGAAGACUUUUUAUGAAAACAAAAACAAAAACAAAAUUAUAACUCUUUACAUUACAGCAUGUCGCCUUGAAAUGAAAAAAAAAGUUAUCUGUAUCUGUUUUUUAUACAGGUUUGUUGAAAUUUUGCUAAAUUUCUUAUUAUCUUUACACUGUAAAGCAUUUUGAAACAUUUAUUGGAAGUUGAUAGCCAAAACGUCUUUGGGUUUAUCUGCUAUGAAAUGAAAAGGUUUUGGUUUUUUUUUUCAAAAUGGCAGAUGCAUGGACUGUAUUUUGCAUGUUCCAAAAUAAAAACAACAGUUUUGCA